AUGGGCUACGAUGAUGGGUACACGGCCGCAGCCGUUUCGGCCCAGGAGGAACCGGCGCGAGCGUGGCCAACACGAGCAUCGCCCAUCGGCAAUGACUUCGCCACCCAGCCGGCAGCCAAGCUGCUGCUGCUGCUGGGGCACCUCGUUGGCGGCGCGGUUGGCUUGCAGUCGGGCCGACGACGAGAGGUUGCGUGCAGCCGCAGCGUGAACCUCGAGCUGUGGCUCGAGGCCGAGACCUUCGGACAGGAUGCCGACGACGACCUGGCGAAGUGCACGCAGGUGGUCAAGGCGUAUUUGCGGGUUGCCGAGCGGGAACACAUCAACGUCCUGGAGGCGUGGGCUGUCCUCCACAGCAUCAACUGGCGCGCCAGGCGGAGCGGAUUCUGCAGAAGCCAGUUCUUGCACUUCGUCGACUCCCAGGUGGUCGCGGCGGCGGUCACACAGGGAAGGACGAGCAGCCAGAGACUCAAGCGAGUCAUCCGCAAAAUCAACGCUUGCGCGCUGGCCUCCCACCUGUACCUGAUUGUCGGCUUCUGCACGUCGGAGGACAACCCCUCCGACGACCCCUCGAGAUGGAGCGAGGGCAAGGUGCACAACCGGGUCGCGGGCGGUGUGGUCCAGUGUUUCGUGCACGGCAAUGGGGACACCAUGAAAACGUGGUGGCCGAAGCUGUUCCCGGGGAUGAACAAGACCGAGGACCUGACUACGGCAAGGCAUUCAAGGUGUGAAGCUCGGGCGGGUCCUGCCGCAUGGCAAUUGUGA